AUGAAAAUUAGAAGCGGCGGCCACGACUACGAUGGCUUGUCCUACGUUUCGUAUGCUGGCCAUCCAUUCUUCAUCAUAGACAUGUUUAAUCUCCGGACGGUCGAUGUUGACCUAGCCAGUAAAACCGCUUGGGUUCAAAGCGGUGCCAUUCUCGGAGAGGUUUAUUACUAUAUAUGGGAGAAGAGCAAAACGCUAGCUUUUCCCGCUGGAGUUUGUCCGACGGUUGGUGUCGGCGGCCAAUAA